AUGGCGCCAGGGACAGCCCAGGCCGAGCAGCUCCUCCUCCACCCGGACCCGGAGCAGCGCCGGCGAGCGCCGGAUUGCCGCCAUGCAUGGGGCCUCUCGGUGGCAGUCCUGCUCCUGCUGCUGCCUUCCGCCGCCGGCCUUCACCCUCCUAUGAUGUUCUGCGCGCCGCCGCCGGAGACAGUCCCGCUGACCCUCCUUGCCGGUGCGCAGGAGAAGGGAGCAGUGUGCUUGGACGGGACCCCGCCGGGCUACCACCUGCAGAGAGGCUCCGGCACCGGCGCAAACAACUGGCUCAUCCAUCUACAGGGAGGAGGCUGGUGCAGCACUGCCAAGGAUUGUUCCAGCCGAAGCAAUUCCGAUCUCGGUUCGUCCAACUUCAUGAAACCGAUAUUGUUUGCCGGGAUCCUCAGCAGCGAUCAGCAACUGAAUCCUGAUUUCUACAACUGGAACAAAGUGUAUGUGCGCUACUGCGACGGGGGAUCAUUUUCUGGGGAUGCGGAAGGUCAAGCGCCGGAUGGAAGUACACUUCACUUUAGAGGAUUGCGCAUCUAUGAGGCAGUUAUUGAUGAAGUCAUGGAAAAGGGACUUGCCAAUGCUACCCAGGCUCUUCUUACAGGUUGCUCUGCUGGUGGUCUAGCCACGAUGCUACACUGCGAUGAUUUUAGUGCAAAGUUUCCUCAAGAGGUUUCAGUUAAAUGCCUUGCCGAUGCUGGGUUUUUUAUUGACGUAAAGGAUAUAUCUGGAGAAAGGACCUUUUGGUCUGUCUUUGAUGGUGUUGUUCAGCUCCAGAAUAUUAGAGAAGUGUUGCCCAAGGACUGCCUUGCCAAAAAGAAGCCAAAAGAGUGUUUCUUCCCCGCCGAGCUUAUAAAGAGCAUCCACAGCCCAAUGUUUAUUCUCAACUCUGCAUACGAUUCAUUUCAGGUACGAUAUGUUCUCAUACCGGAUUCGUUGGCUCCUGAUAAUUCGUGGUUGUGUUGCAAACAUAAUAUCCGGAACUGCAAUUCCACACAAAUGGAAUUCCUUAACGGAUUCAGGAACGCGAUGGUGGAUGCAUUGAAGGUUGUCGAAGAUAAAGAGGGAUGGGGAUUGUUCAUUGCUUCAUGCUUCACUCACUGCCAAACGGUCUCUGACAUCUCUUGGAAUUCACCAUUCUCCCCUAGGCUUGGAGAUAAGACAAUUGCUGAGGCUGUAGGAGAUUGGCAAUGUGGAUGUAGCGAAAGAGUGAAAGAGAUUGACUGCGAGUACCCAUGCAACCCAACAUGCAGCAGACAGUUGCCGUCGAUGUAAUGAUUUAUUACUACACUUCACUGCGAGUACCCACUGUGGAUGUAAUGAUUUAUUACUACACUUCACUGGAUCGCAACGAGAUUUACUAUUCAAGAAAGAAGGGGCAAAUGCAUCUAGAAUUAUGCAGUGUUGGAUAUCAUAGUGAAAAUAAUGAAAACUUAGCAUGAAAAGAGUAUGCUCAACUGAAUGACAACAAGUCAAGUGAAAAUUUUCGCUGUGUGAACAUCUGACAUUAUUUACCGUACAUGCACUAAAUUAGCAUGGGAAAUUUCUGAAAAAUAUACGUUUCUUCAAAAUUUCAAUUCACAUUUAUUUGUGGUUUGGGCAAACAUAAAAGAGAAACCAUAACAUGUUCCAAGUUUAGAAUGGAGAAGGGUGAAAAGGAAAAAAUUCAUUGUGCACAUGAUUGUUCUUUUUGUUUCUCCGAACAAAAAUUGAACUUGAGAAUGAAUUUUAUUAGAUGUUCGAUAUAUCCUCAAUAUUUUCUAUAUAAUUGGCUUGGUCAGUGCUUGUUUGUCAGGAUCAUAAAAAAAAAUCCCACAGUCGGACGCUCGCCACACGUGGCAGUGGGGCACUCAGUUUCCUGGCCAA